CCCCGGGGUCUUGCCACAACACCCCCAUGUUACCGGAAUACUCCCGUCUGCCGCUGGCUCGGACCCUAUUUGCUCUUGUUCAAGGUACCAUGCUAACCUAUGAUGCCCUGUAGACGUGUACCAUGCCCAACCCCAGCUCCGUCUGGACCAAUUCUCGGCCAGACAGCCAGACGCACAAUCACCGUAUUAAACACAGUGCAUAUGCUCACGGCUCGCUGAGGAUCGGACGAACUUGGGUGGGUGCUCAUCUGAACUCAUUGUGUACUCUUCGCUGUAUUCCCCAAUCCCAGUCGCUCGGAUGAGGCAUAAUCGUCGUAAACAUCGGAGCCAUGAGGCCAACCACAGCACGAAAAGCACGCACGCAUUGGAUGGGAGCCGAGCCUCUCAACGGGCUCUACAGCCUCCGUGCCUUCUCGUUGCUCAACCUCGGUCCUCACUCCGAGACAACCGGAGCAGUCAACACAGCGAACCAGGCCCUCAGCACCCGGACUGGAGGUGAGGUGACCGGCCCAGGUGGUGUGGUAGUGAUCCGGAGUGUGCGAGCACUAAAGCGAGCUGCUGGCUUUCACUGGGGCCAGAGCACUCGGGCCUGCAAGAUCGCUGUUCACGGUCCACUGGGAAGCUUGGGUCGAGGUACCCGUGCUGUGGUUCGCUCUGUGGUACCCUCAUUCAGGCUGCUGGAGGUGGUGCUGCUGCUUGCUCGAGUCCAGAAUUAGAAUAGUACCAGAAUUGGACUGGCGGCUGUGCCUUUCCUCUCCUCCAGACAAGCAGAGCCCACCCACACCCAUCCACCGUCCACCUAUCCCCCCAGACAUUGAGGACAUGGGUCAGGUGGGCACGGUGGGUUCCUGAACUUCCCAGUCUGUCCAGUCCAAGGUCCAAGCGAGGCCAGCCAGUAUGCAUUUCGACUAGUGUAUAGUAUACGUAUGUACAUGGUUCUGGUACGCACCCACAUGUACACC